GCUAGGUGUUUUGUAAGGUCAUUACCACACUUGAGAAAAGCAACUCUGCAAAUAAAGGCUAAAACCCCCCAUCUUGGCCACGGCAGCCUCGGCCCCCUGGGGAAUAGCUUGGCUUCUGGACACGGCCCCUGCGGGGACCCCUCGUGUCCUGGGGUGCAGUUCAGGAUGGUGAGGGUCUGCACAAGCCAGGAAGGGAACAGGGUGCUCGGUCUUGAGUCUGAGGCAGAGCUGUCUUCAGUCCCUGGAGGAUGUCAGGGGCAGAGGGAAUAGGCUUGUUCUGUGUCGUCCCCACAUGUGAGCCCUGGGGAGCCCGAGAGAAGAGGCAGGUGGUUCUCCCCAGGGCCGCCUGAGGAUGGAGCAGCCCCACCGAGAAAGCAGUGUGCUCAUGUCUCUGAAGGGCACAGAUGAGGCUCCUGGGUAGACCUGCUGCUGAGCCGGGUCCCCUGCAUGAGGCAGGCAGUGGUGCACAGAGUGGGCAGCAUCCAGGUAGCCCCAGAGACCCCUUCCAGACCACAGCGCCCUCAAAUCUUAGCUGUCUCAUGUCAUGGGAUUGGUGCCGGUGGAACUUCUAGCGCCCAGCAUGUCUGUGCUCUGGCCUCUCAGGUGAGGAUGGCCAUUCUCCGCAUCAUCGGGCAGCUGGCCCUGUCUGGAUUCCAGGACAGGAUCAAAGGCUGGGGCCUGAAGUACGUGUCUGUGCAGCUGACCUUGUCCACCUACAAACUGACCAACCGCAGGGACAGCUUUUAUCAGAGGGGCCUAGAAGAGAAGAUGGUCCACAAGGUCACCAUGGACACCGUGAGGAUCAUAACCUCUUCUGUCAGUGGGAUGAGCAAUGAAUUUUGGGUGAGGCUCCUAUGCUACAUCAUGGAGACGGACUACACGGAGGCCUUGACCCCCAUCUGCAUCAGCCUCACCAACCUGGCCGAGCGCCAGCUGCAUGCCAACGACGAGGAGGCCAACGCAAGCAAGAGCAGGCACGGUGGGCAGCCCCCCUGCGCCAGCUGGAGGGACUGGGCAGUGGAUCUGCCCGCACCACAGAAGCUGCUGGCCCGACUCCUGGUACUAAUGUCAUCCCCCUACAAGGGGGAGGGACGCGGAAUCGCCAUGCUCAACCUUCUGAAGACCCUGAGACAGAGCGUCGCCCCCUCCAUGGCCGACAUGUGGGAGCUGGAGAUCCCGCUGUUGGUCAAGUACCUGGAAGAACACACCGAGUUUACCUGGAACCAGAAGAUGUGGGAGGACAAGCUGAUUCAGUUUCUGAGAAACUCCCUCAAGAUGACUCGGGGUUCCAGCUGGAGCCUGCGUCUGAGCAAAGAGCUGAACAACCAGAUCGAGAGCUUCGACAGCCCCUCCCUGGAGAAGGGCUUUCUGUACCGGGCCUUGGGCUUCACCCUGGCCAUGGGCCUGGAGGCCGACAAGGUGGAGGUGCUGCUGCUGGAGCUGCUCUACAAGACGGACUACAGCGACGACUUCGACCGUGAAGGUGUGAUUCUGUGCUUUGGCCUGUGUGCCCGGGGCCAGGUGAAGACGGUGCUGGGCGUACUCCAUGACUUUGAAGAGAGGAUCCAGGAGUCGGAGCAGUCCUGGCAGAUCGGUGCCUGGCGGAAGGACCAUCCCUGGAGGCGGGAGACGGUGAAGGGCGCGCUCAUGGUGAUGUACAGCCGCGUGGCCUCGUGCUGCCACCCGCAGAUGCUUCUCACCCACGUGGACAACCCCAUCACCGCCAAGAUCAUCCACCACUAUUCGAGCAGCUGCCAGGACAUCUGCCUCAAACUGGCCUUCAUGAAGAGCGUGGUGCAGGUCACCGAUGCCAUCAAGAACAUCAAGGACCUGGAAGACUUUCAAUUUGCCCAAAAAGCGACCCUGACAGGCAUUAUCAUGGCGAUCAUCAAGGCAGAACCGACUGACAGCCUGGUUUCUCCCGUGAGGACCAUGGCCAUGGAUGCCCUGUCAUACUUGAGCAAACUGAAGCCUUUCUAUUCCACAGAGGAACGCAGUGAGCUGAUGGAUAUUAGUACACACUCUGUAAUUUCUCUCCAGCCCCCAGGAGAGAGCAAUGAGUCCAUUAAGACCCUGUAUACGAACGCCCUGCGUGCCCUGGAGCAGCUGAUGGAGGGCCUCAUGCAAAGACACCUAGACCCCAAGGGGCUGCAGGAGAUGGUGCACCUCCUGGAGAAGUGGAUCUUGUCGGAGAAAGAAUGGGAGCGGGAGAAGGCGGUGAACCUCCAUCUCCAUCUCAUGCAGAUCUAUGUCCAAAGCAUCGGUGUCUGCAUCCCACUGAAGCUGGGGCAGUUUGGCAGCCUGGUGGGACUCAUUGCACCAGGCACCUGUGACUCACACAGAAAAACCCGCCUGGCCUCCAUGGAUGUCCUGGCCAGCCUGCUGGAUCUUCACGCAUGCCAGACCUGCUCCUCCUGGGGCGCCUCCAAAGAGCUGGAGCUUGAGAAAUGUAAGGAGGACCUGCAGGACUCAGACAUGGAGAAGAUUUUCGGGGUAUCCUCCAGAAUUGCCAAGGUGGCCUGCUUGCAGUUCAACUGCGACGAGGUGGUCUCACUGGUCCAGAAGCUCUGCGAGAACUUCGGGGCCAUGGACCUCCAGCACGACAAGGCCUCUGUCACCUGGAUAUGCACCUUCCUCCAGAUGCGGGUCAAGGAGCUGGAGGACAAGGUGGCCGAGAUUCUGGGCGCCAUCCUGGUGCACCUGCCCGUGGUGGACCACCGGGAGGUGCGGCGCCUCCUGAUCGAGGGCAUCCUCCUGCUGGCCCACUACCACCAGGAGACUGUCCUCACGGUGCUCCUGCGGCAGCCCCUGCCCAUGGAGAGCCACCUGACGGAGGUGUGGCUAGCUGUGGCCGAGAAUGUGCCCUUUGCCCGGACGAUGCUCCACGCCCUGAUGGGCCGGCUGCAGGCGAGGUUCACGCCCAGGGCCAACGCUGCCUCCAAGGCCGACAUCUGGCGCCUGGCCACGGUGGACCCUCUGAUGACCCUGUGCACUAUCCACCUGCUCGUCGAGAGGAUGGACUGGGACAACAGGCUCCUGGAUCUCUUCCCGGACCUCAUCUACACGCUCCUCCUGCAGCUGGGCAGCAGCCAGGGCCAGGAGGUCGUGUCGCCUGUCCUGAAGACAUGGAGACUCAUCCACACGGGGACCCUCCCUGAGGAGGUCACCCUGCAGAGGGUAACGAUCAGAUCCAUGCAGCUCUUGUUCAGGAGACUCAACAGUGAGUCUCUGCUUUGCACCCUAGAGGAGCAGGGCGUGUGGACGCUUCUGGAGAGCAGCUCAACGUUCCUGCAGGGAGUCAGCCAGCUGGCCAGGCUGUGCGUGCGGAGCCCCGAGGGCUGCUACCGGCAGAGGCUGUCGGAGCUGGCGCUCAGGGGCAUGGCCUCGGAGGCCCUGAGCUGCCGCAUCAGCAGCACGGCGGUCUGCGUGGAAUUCAUGAGUGACCCAAUCCUGCACCAGAAGAAGCUACUGAAGCGGGCGGUGCUGAUGCUGGAGAAGGGCGCGGAGCAGGAGGACGAGGUUCUGAGGGUGCUCUCCCUGCGCGCCCUCGGCAACAUGGCCCUCGGCGCCCCCAGGAAGGUGAGGCAGUACCGGAAGCUCUUACUGGAGAAGUGCAUGAGUUCCCUGCGGGGCCCCGGCGUGAGCACCAGCGUGAUCUCCGAGGGCCUGGAGGUCCUGGCCAAGGUCUUGGUCGAGCUGCGGGAAGGGGACCUGGGGUCCGCCUUCAACGCCAUCUCUGAGCAGUGCAGAGCCUUCUUUGACAACGAGAGUGAGCUGCUGCGUUUAAAAGCCUUCAUCCUCUUCGGGAAGCUGGCACAGGUGGUCAGGAUUUCCAAGAAGCAUUUCUUCAAGCAGGAAGUGAAGAAAGCCUGGGUGCCCCUCAUGCUACAUUGCCAGGACCCCUGCUCCGAUGCCGCCCAGGCCUGUGUGGCCACCCUCUUUCAGUGUCUGCAAUGCUGGUGCUGGAGGGCCCUGGAGAGCUCCGCGGACCACAGUGAUGCCACAGCCCCCAAGGAGAUGACCGGUUUCCAGAUGACUCUGUGCUCCAUCCUGACUCAGAAAAAGCCUGCCAUUCUCUACAACUUCUUGCUAGAAACAAUGACCUAUGUUAAAAGCAACUUGUCAAGGAUCAGAAUCGCUGCAUGUAACUUGGCAGGAAUUAUUAUGAAGCAGAUGUCUGCGCAUUACUUGAAAAAGCUGGAUUUUCCAGCAUUACGGAAUUCUCUCCAGGAGCUACAGCUGGACUCAGAUCCUGGGGUUUGGAGGGCAGCCCUGGAGACUCUCAACAUCUUGGAUACCUGCAGUCAGCAGCGGCUUUUGGCUUCACCUGAAGGAAUCGCCUAGGUGGUCCAAGCGCAAAACGUGCCUGCCUUUCUCCUGGGGGCCAAGCCCCACUGCAGCACCGCGAACCACUUUUAAUUCUGUUUGUAAGAAAAAGUAUUGUACUUAGAUAAUCAGUGCCCCUUUCUUUCCUCCCCUUGAAAUAAACCUCCCUAGCUAUUUGGAGAGCAGA